AUGAUUUUGCACACAUUGGUUUUGUUCGUACUAGUUUGUUCAGUUGCGUCCCAGAAUUCUAAUGCCGCUAAUCCUAAUCCAGGAGAAGGACCAGCAGAUCCAAAUCCCCAGGGUAAUGCCAACGGAAAACGGUUUGAAGGUUGUUCAGAAGAUGCUAUACUCUUACUCAAACAAGAAGAGUUGAGAAGCGCGACACUUGAAGCAAAUUUAACUUCGUCAAAAGAAAUGUUACAGACAAAAGUACGAGAAUUGAAUAAUUGCGAAACGAAUCUACAAGGUACAGGAAAAUUAAAUUCUGAAUUAGCUUUAAAACUAAGAGUAUCUGAAACUGGAAUUCAAGAAAUGAACAAGACAGUCAGAUUGUGCCUCGAAUCUCAAGCCACACUGACUGAGUCUUUCAUUACUGCUGUGAGGCAUGCUUACCAAACUCUUGAAGUCAUUCAACAAAACUCAUUAGAAUUGCAGAAUAUAGCAACAGAAAAAAUAAAAAAUUUAACAACAGAUAAUCAACUUCUUCUCGAUAUUAUCGCACAUUUAAAGAAGGAAAAUACAAAACUGAGAAAUGAGUCUGAAACAGGAAGGAUAGAAAUUGAUGGCCUCGUCGGCGAAUUGGAGGAGAAAAUCAUAGAAAAUGUAAUAGCAGAGACAAAAGUAGCAGAACUGAUGCAGAAAAACAAAGUAUGCGCUGAAAAUCUCACUUCUACGAUCCAGAAUUUACACGAUGAGAUGACAUUAAAAGAGAACGCAACAUCAGAUGCAGUACAUUGUAACGAGAAAAGGGAAUCGAUGGGAAAGCAUAUAAAUUUAUUAUACAGGGAGAAAGAAAAUUUGAAUGACGAUAUUAAAAGUUUGAAAGAACAAAACAAGGAUAUUUCAUCAGUAUUAAUAACAUGUAACAAUGCAUCAAACGAGCUUGGUUCACUGAAUGCUGAUUUAGCGUUAGAAAUCGUAGAUGCAAAUAUUACAAUUGAAGCUCUCAGAGGAGAUAUCGAAAGUUUGACCGAAACGGUGGAACAUCUAAAAACAAAUCACACAUUUGAAAUUGAAAGUUUUCAUAGUGAUCGAAUCAGGACAGAAACUGAACUCCGAGAAUGUAUCAAAGCAAAUGAAGAAAUGAAUGGAAUCAUGUUGUCAACAAAUGCCGCAUUAGCGGAGUUAGAUCGAGGAAUACAAGACCUUAGGGGAGAAGCAAUGCGCUCUUCUGUUAAAUUACAAGAAUGCAAGAGAGAUUACACAAAACUUCAUGACGAAUUUGUCGAUCAAAGCAAUGCAGUGAAUAGCCUACAAAAUUCGAUAAACACUUUAUUUGAAAGUUAUAAUCAGUUGUUUACCAAUUACACAAUCUGCCAAUCUGGCAUCGCUACUCUUGAAUCCAGUAACGGAAACCUCACGGAUGCUCUUUUGAAAGUUGAAGAAAAGCUCGCUAAUCUAACGGAAAAACUAAAAGAAAUUCUGAAGGAUGAACUAAAUGGUUCACGAAACCACACCGAAAUAACAGAAAUAGUGGAAACUUUUUGCAAUAUAAGAUGCAAUGCUAUUUUGGAAUUGAAGAUCGCUGAAAUGAAUAGUACUAUCUUCACUUGUGAGAGGAAAUUAGCGGAGAGUGAUGGCAGAAACACAGGACUGACUCAAAAGUUAAACACAACAAUGCAGCGUCUAAAAACAUGCAACGAAAGUUUAUUUUUAAGUCACGGAACAAUCGAAGAUCAAGAAAAUACGAUAGAGAGACUAGGAGAUGAACUUCUUUAUCAUAUCGAAUCAUCGAAAGUCGAUAAAAAUAAACUUAAAAACCUUCAUGGUAAAUUGCAUUCUCUAAAAGAAGAAAAUCUGCAUUGGAGAGAGAAAUGCUCCAGAAAAAGAAAAAGAAUGAAUGCGAGAAUUGCUUAUGUUACGAAUUUCGCCCUUUCUUCCCCAGCUUUUAAAAACCACGAAGAGAUCGAUACUUGGGACAUGCUGGUUCAACAAGGGUCUAGUUUGCUAAAUAAAUCCAUUGUCGUGAUCAAAGACCAUUAUCCAGGGUACAUCGACAAAUUUUUGGAUUUGGAAUUUCAAAAAUUCAUCAUUGAUCUGAAAAAGGCAAUUUGUAUAUGCGAACACGGUGGAAAGUGUCGCUUUACGCCCCUGAGACAACUAUUCACAAGAGAGAUGAUAAGAAACACGAUUGAGAAGAUUUCUAAGUUGAUUGGAUAUUCGAUCACACGAGUCGAUUCAGAAUGGGUUAUUCACUUAAGUCCAACCCAAAACGGAAGAUUCCCUCUUGACCCAAUCAAAGCCACCUUUGUUGAUGACAUCUUACCAGAAAUAAGAAAAUAUGCUAUUCAUCGAAAUGAGGCCCUUUUGGAUAAAAUGAGAGAGAGGCAUUUUAAAUGCGAAUGUCCUGAUUAUGCAUCCGGUUCAGCGUGUGAAAUUGUAACACCUGGUCGACAUCGCCGAGAGUGUGAUAAUCCAGAAGAAAUUUAGAACGGGCCUGAAUUUCUAGACCUAGUUAUGAUUUGAAGCUUUACUACACUGAGUAUGGUUUUCCAACAAUGGUGAAUAUUUCAAAUUCAACAGUUAAGUCGACACUAUGGCAUUUUUUUAAACCUUUAAACAAAAAUAGUUAAGAGUACUUCUUUCGAUACUCGAAAAUAAAUGAGGCAUUGGGAUUCAAAAUGUAUUUUCGGGGGGCACUUUCGAUUUAUACAAUUGCAAUACAGAAUAUAUAUAUA